CCUAAAUAUCCCUUCUCCCUUUCCUUCCCUCCUUUCCACUAUUCAAUCCAUGGAUUUGCCAGUCACUUCGCCGGUUUCUUCCUACACCAUUCAAACCAACAACUUAUCCUUCGCCCUCACCCCGGCGACGAAGAUGAUAAUCGAGAACGUGAGCCUCGAGGCCCGGCCCGGCGAGAUCACCGCGAUCGCCGGCCCCAGCGGAGCCGGCAAGACCACCCUGCUUCAGAUUCUCGCCGGAGAAAUCCCAUCGGGAAAAAUCUCUGGCGAGAUUCUGGUUAAUGGAAACCCGGCCGAACCUGCAAGGUUUGGCCGGGUUUCAGGAUACGUCACACAAGACGACGCCUUGUUCCCUCUCCUUACGGUAGAGGAAACCCUAACCUACAGCGCGCGGCUCAGGCUUCCGCCUGAACAGCGCGACGCUAGGCGGAGAGCGAAGCUGCUUAUGAAGGACCUCGGGUUGGACCACAUCUCGGGGUCCAGAGUGGGGUCCAUCUCCGGAGGGGAGAGGCGCCGCCUCUCCAUCGGUGUGGAGCUGAUCCACGACCCGGUGGCGCUCCUCAUCGACGAGCCGACUUCCGGCUUGGACUCCGCCUCGGCGCUUCACAUCGUCUCCUUGUUGAGAUCAAUGGCGGUUACUAAACACAAGACGGUUGUACUCACCAUCCACCAGCCCGGAUUCCGGAUUCUCGAGCUCAUCGACCGGCUCCUCCUCCUCUCCGGCGGCCGCGCGCUCCACAACGGCUCCCUGGAGUCGCUCGAGGAGCGUCUUGUUAGCUCCGGCCACCGCAUCCCCCCUCAUAUAAAUGUGCUUGAGUUUGCCAUUGAGGUGGCCAGCAGCAACAACAUCGAUUCGCGGAUCGAUGUUGCUGCUGCUCACCACCUCGAUAGUCGAGAUUGCAGUAAUUGCAGGAAAAAAGAUUCGGUCAACGCUAAGACCACCACCUCAUCAUAUGCGAACUCGCAUGUUAAGGAGGUGGCGAUUCUAGGAGAGAGAUUCGCGCGGAAUAUAUUCCGCACGAAGGAGCUCUUCACUGCGAGGGCCUUGCAGGCCCUCGCCGUGGGGUCCAUCCUCGGCACGGUCUAUAUGGACGUCCACAACGGCGGGGACCGCGAAAAAUCCGAGGCGGUGAUGCAGACGCGCCUCGGGUUCUUCGCUUUCACACUUAGCUUCCUCCUCUCCUCGACGACGGAGGGCCUUCCGAUCUUCCUUCAGGAGAGGAGGAUCUUCACCCGGGAGGUCGCACGAGGCGCGUACAGGGUGUCCUCGUACGCCCUGGCGAACGCGCUCGUGCUCCUCCCGUUCCUGGGGGCGGUCGCGCUGCUGUACAGCGCGCCCGCCUACUGGCUGGUGGGCCUCCGCCGCGACCCGGGCGGGUUCCUCUACUUCGCCCUGGUGGCGUGGGCGGUGGUGAUGAUGUCGAGCUCGCUCACGGCGUGCUGCGCCGCGCUCGUGCCCGACUUCAUCAUGGGGGCGUCCCUGAUCGCGGGGAUCAUGGGCGCCUUCUUCCUCUUCUCCGGGUACUUCAUCGCGGAGGAGAGGAUACCGGAGUACUGGGUGUUCAUGCACUACAUGAGCAUGUUCAAGUACCCAUUUGAGUGCUUGGUGAUCAAUGAGUAUGGAGGGAGGGAGUGUGUGGAGAGAGUGGUGGGAGAGUGUGUGUUUUCUGGGGAUGAGUAUUUGAGGAAGCAAGGCUUGAAGGAGUCACAUAAAUGGAGCAAUUUGGGGGUGAUGUUUGGGUUUGUUGUGGGAUAUAGACUGCUUUGUUUCUUCAUCUUGUGGUGCAGAAGUUUGAAGACCAGAAGAUUGUAGUUUUAAUCAAAUUGAAUAAGUAUAUAAUUUUCUUGAUUUUUUAGUAUGGUGGUGGUGGUGUUAUAUAUAAAGUGAAAUUUA